CUUUAUAAUCAGCAAGCCUUUCUUUCUCUUCUGCAGUUGGUGAAGAGCGGAGCGGUUGCCGGGGCGACCAUGCGUCAGGCCGUGGAGGCACAGGUGCUGUCCCCUCACUGUGAGCUGGGGGAGCAGGGCCUAAAGCAGGUCCUCUCUGAUGUCCUGGAGGAGGUGAGACGCUCUCUACACCAGGACAUAGACGGAGCCCACAUCAUCCACAGUCUGCUCAACGCUCCGUGGCUCCAGUCUCUGCUCAAGGUAUAUGAAUGUCUGCAGAGGUACAGCACCACAUCCCCAGCUCCUGCUCUGGACUGUGCCUCUGGACUGUCCCUUCAGGUGUUGAUAGAGAUCCGAGCGCUGCAAGAUUGUUCAGAAGAUGCUAGAGAACUGUACCGUCUUAUGAGGCAACCGCAUUUACAAGCUGUGCUCUCGGCUCAUGACUCGGUAGCGCAGAAGGACUAUGAACCGGUGCUUCCUGCUCUGCCGCAGGAGCUGCCUGAUGAUGAGGAGGCCACCCGGAUCGUGUGUUUGGUCAAAAACAAGCAGCCCUUGGGUGCCACAAUAAAGAGGAAUGAACUCACAGGGGAGAUUUUUGUGGCCCGAGUCAUACAUGGAGGCCUGGCUGACCGUAGUGGUCUGUUGCAUGCAGGGGACAGGAUCAUGGAGGUCAAUGGCUUUGUGGUUAAUGGGAUGGAACCAGAGCAAGUCAUCCAAGUGGUGGCUUGCUCCCAAGGCACCAUCAUGUUCAAGGUCGUACCCAUCACCGAGCGCCCAGUCCACAGCCAAACCAUGAUGUACGUGCGGGCGAUGGCGGACUACAACCCCCAGCUGGACCUUGCCAUCCCGUGUCCAGAUGCUGGGGUGAGCUUCUUAAAAGGGGACAUCCUGGAGAUAGUAGACCAGACGGAUGCACUGUGGUGGCAGGCCAAGAGGCUGCCCAGCUCCAGCUUUUGUGCUGGUCUCGUGCCCUCCACAGCUCUGCUCAAACGGAAGCAGAGGGAGUUUUGGUGGUCCCAGCCUUAUCAGCCACAUGCCUGCAUCCACACGUUGAGCACUGUGGAGGAGGAGGAGGACUCAAUGGCAAUUGAUGACAAAUGUGUGGAAGCAGAUGAGGAGGCAUUUGAGUCUGAAGAGCUGAGGCAGGAGGAGGAUGACAUCAGUACCAGCAAAGACCAGCUGUAUCUGUCUGGUUUCAGGAGGAGUAUGCGUCUUUGUCGACGGCGUUUCCACACCUCUGUGCAGCCCUCCUGUCAGCCCCAGUGUCUCAGCAGCUGCUGCUACAGUGCCCUCUGCAGUCCCUAUGAAGAGGUGGUGCGGUACCAGCGCAACUCUGAGGACCCUCUGCGACUGGUGGCACUGCUGGGUGCACCCGGUGUGGGGGUGAAUGAAAUGCGACGCCGUUUGAUAGACACAAACCCACAACUUUUUCUUGGCGCUAUUCCUCAUACCAGUCGGUUGCCACGGGAUUAUGAGGAGUCAGGCAAAGAAUACCAUUUUGUCAGUCGAGAAAUCUUUGAGAACAUGAUCCAGAGUAACAAGUUUCUGGAGUAUGGGGAGUUUAAAGGGAACUAUUAUGGUACCAGUAGUGACUCGGUGAGGGAGGUUUUGAACAGCGGUAAGAUCUGCAUUAUCGACAUCGAGCCCAAUGCUCUCCAGGCGGUGCGGACCCCCGAGCUGAGGGCCUACGUGGUCUACAUCAAACCCCCGUCUGCAGAGCAGCUAAGACAGACCAGACACAGCGCGCAGAUCCUCACCAACUAUUACGCCACACGACUCUUCAAGGAGGAGGACUUCACAGAGCUGGAAGAUUCAGCGCGGAAGCUGGAGUUACAUUUCUCUCAGUUUUUUGAUCACGUGGUUGUCAACGAGGACCUCCAGGAGUCCUGUGCCCAGCUGUGGUCUGCUGCCACCCGGGCACAGGAGCAGCCACAGUGGGUCCCUGCCUGUUGGAUACGCUCACACUUAUAAACCACUAUUGUGUUUGACUGAACCAGGUGCAAUGGAAAUUUUGUCUUUUAUUUUACUUUAUUGUUCACAUAAAUAAAGGAAG